CGCAUAACUUCGACAUCGAAUAAUCCUAUCGAAUAUAACCCUAUCAAUCAGCAACUCUCACUACCUUUGUGCACCCUCCCAGCACCACCCCUUCUCGCUCCUCACAAAAAUAUCUACUUCCCAUGAUUAUUAGCUAAACGACGCCGAAUCGCUGUCGUCGCACACCAUGGCCGCCGUCGAAAAACCCGGGGAGGGCACAAACCCCCGCGGCAUCCCCUUCGCCCCCUUCGUCGACAAUGUCAGCGACUAUGUCUCCAGCCGCAGCGAGGUCGAGGCCACACUGCGCUCCUUCCAGGAGAUGAUCUCAAAAUACCAAUUCAUGGAAAUGAACACUCAACGAAGAAGCGUCGGGCUAAAAGAAAAAAUCCCCGAUAUCAAGAAGACCUUAGAAAUGGUCAAAUUCUUAAAACUGCGCCAAUCUGCUGCCACGCCAGCGCCGCUAGAAACGAAUUUUGAGCUUAAUGAUACCUUGUAUGCGCGUGCGACAGUGGACGCGGAGGAUACGAAGGAGGUGUAUUUGUGGCUUGGCGCGAAUGUGAUGUUGGCCUAUCCGAUUGAUGAGGCGGAGGGGAUGUUGGCCGAGAAAUUGAGGGCCGCCGAGCUGAGUUUGGAGAACUGUGAGGAGGAUUUGGAGUUUUUGAGGGAGCAGAUUACGACGCUUGAAGUUGCUACUGCGCGUGUGUAUAACUGGGAUGUAGUGCAGAGACGGAAAGAGAAGGCAGAGGGGAAGGGGGAUGAUGAGGAUAAGGGGGGAGGCGACUGAUAUAAUCAUACAAUAAAAGGAUGAUCAGAUCAUACAUACAAUAAAAGUAUAACCUUGACCCUACUAUUAUUUUCAAGGCAAUACAUUAUACACCGG